AUGGGCUCAUGGAAUCAGAGGAUCAGGUUUUCAAAUGCCACCCCUGCUGCUUGCUACUUGUGUGACCUUAGUCAAGUCAGCUCUUGGAGGCUCAGCCUUCAUUUUCCUUCAUAUUUUUCAGUGCUGAGCAGGUGUGGAUCACAGCCUGGUAGAGAGAUGGCCACGCACGGUCCCCUUGCUGAGCUGGCAGCAAUGACAUCAAAAGAGAGCUCCAAGUCCUUCCAGGGCUCAAGUGCACCUUUAACCAACUCCACUGGUAAGGAUACCCCUCGGUGGUGGUACAAGAGGAGGAGCCGGCGGCACCAAAGGUUCAUGGUCCACAAAGCCCUGCUAGAGAAGCGAGGGGUGCUGAGUGUACCCCCAGAGUCCGAGAGUCCCCUCCAGGUGACCAGACCUGAGGUUCUGGAGGACACAGAGGCCAGCAAGUACGGUGUGCAGCAGGAUGCUCUUGGCUCACCUGGCCCCCAGCCCAGAAGAAAGCAGCUUCAGAAGAUGGAGCCCAACAAGGGAACUGCCUCUGGCCAUGCUCUGCCCAACAAGUGUGUGGCCAUUGACUGUGAGAUGGUGGGCACCGGCCCUGGCGGGCGGGUGAGCGAGCUGGCCCGCUGCUCCGUAGUGAGUUACCACGGGGACGUUCUGUAUGACAAAUACAUCCGCCCCGAGACUCCCAUCGUGGAUUACCGCACCCGCUGGAGCGGCAUCACCCGACAGCAUAUGCAGAAUGCCAUUCCCUUCAGGGUGGCCCAGAAAGAGAUCCUUAAGCUGCUGAAGGGCAAGUUGGUGGUGGGUCAUGCGCUCCAUAACGACUUUCGGGCCCUCAAGUACUUCCAUCCCCGGAGACAAACUCGGGAUACUCUUUCUGUCCCGAGCCUGAUCAACCAGACAGGUUUCCCUGUCCGAGCUCAGUCCUCUUCUCUCAAGAACUUGGCCCUCCAGCUUCUGAAUAAAAGAAUCCAGGUUGGCCAGCAUGGGCAUUCAUCUGUGGAAGAUGCCACCACUGCCAUGGAGCUCUACCGACUGGUUGAGGCACAAUGGGAGCAGAAGGAGGCUAGCAGCCAUCCCUCCAGCCUUGAGGACAGCCUUCAGGACAGUGGCACAGACACUGAGCACUACAUGGAAGACCAGUACUGGCUAGAAGAUCAGACUGAAGGCUGUAAAUGAUCUCCAAGGGUGGGAAGAGCAUGAGCUUCUGUGGGUAACCCAGUAAAAAUCGGCCUUG